GAGGGAAACAGAAGCAGAAUAAUCAGCUAGAUUAUGCAUUAAACAAAUGUUCACCAUGAACAAUUUGUUAACUAACAUUUAACGGCGAGACGGAGUCUUACAUUAUAGACACCAAAUUCCAUUGUCAUGAUGUUCCAUCAACGGUAACAGACAAGGAGAGAAACGAAAUUGAAGGGUUGCUCCGCCCAAUUAUAUUUUAAAGCUGAAUUAAUUAAAAAAACAUAUAUAAUUUAGACCCAACCAACCAAGACUUUGUUUUAAUAUUAAUUUAACGCCAAUGUAUUCAAUAUACCAACUGAUAAUCAUUUUUGUAUUCUUCCCGUUCAAACUCCCUUUCAUCAUCUUCCUUCUUAUGCUUCCCCUCUAACUUCCACAUUUCAAGUCAAACCGAAAACCUAUCCUAUCAACCCCCUUUUUCUUCAGGAUUUUCCCUUCGUUUUGAUACCCUUCUGUUGUCGUGGCUCGAGGAUGUUUCUUUUGUGAAAAUCUGCUGGAGUUAUUGCUCAAAUGAUAUUGUGUUUCUAGGCCAAGUUGCAACUUCUUGUUGUAUUCAGUUUCAAGUAGCAGAGAAUAGCCAAGUCUGGCUGUAUAUGUUUAUGUUGGUUUAGGCUAGAAAACUGCAGGUGAGACAUGCUUGAGUUAGUGGAGUUCAGGGAAACUCACAACUUGAGGAAAUAGCUGUCUGAUUAUGAGGCUGAUGAGCCGAUAUGGGGCGAGCUGCGUUUAAGAUGAGAAGAUGAUGGGAGGCAAGCAUAACUGGAGUAUAAGAGGUGCUGAGUGCUUGUUCCUUUGCAUGUUCAUACUCAUCCAGUCGACUCUUGCACAGGAAGGGUUCAAAAGCAUCAAAUGCUGUGCUGAAUCAUUUUCUAUAGAUAACAACAAUAUAAGUUGGACAUCAGAUGAUAAACUGCUCCCAGAUAAUGGACAUUGCCAGAGAAUAACACGGGCAGCAGCAAACUAUACAGGUUAUGAUAAAGUUCGGCUUUUCAACAUUAAAUCAGGCAAGAGAUGUUACAACUUGCAGACAACUAAAGACCAAGACUAUCUGAUAAGAGGUACAUUCCUUUAUGGAGAUCUACUGGGAUCUUUGGGCUCUUCCUUUGAUGUUUUGAUUGGGGUCACAAAAAUAAGCAAAGUGACCUCAUUUGAGGAUUUGGAGGUUGAGGGCGUUUUUAGAGCUACCAACGAAUAUAUAGACUUUUGCUUAGCGCACAACAAGGGGCAUCCACACAUUUCAAAGCUUGAACUCAGGCCUCUGGCAGAUUCAAAGUAUUUACAAGGAAGUGCUUCGAGUGUUUUCAGAUUGAUUAGCCGAAAUGAUGUAGGGAAUGCAGGAGAUGCUAUCAGGUACCCACAUGACAAAUUUGACAGAAUCUGGGAAAUUCUGGAUCCCAGUAUAGUUUCUAUAUCCCCAGAUCCAGUGCCAGCUAGAUCCAACACUGGUAUCUACAACGCCAGCACAACAGUGCCUACUGAAGUUCUCCAAACUGCACUAACACACAGAGAUCGAUUAGAGUUCCUACACAAAAACCUUGAUUCAGAAAAUUACAAUUACACUUUGUUCCUCUACUUUCUAGAGCUCAAUUCCACUGUAAAGACUACACAAAGGCUGUUUAGCAUCUUCAUCAACAAUGAGAUUAAGCAGGAAGGAAUUGACAUAUUAUCCAGUGGAUCAAACUAUAAGGAAGUUGUGCUGACAGUCACAGCAAAAGGGUCUCUAAAUUUGACUCUAGUCAAGGUCACAAAUAAGUAUGACUUUGGACCCAUUUUAAACGCUUAUGAGAUCCUACAAGUGCAGCCAUGGGUUCAAGGAACCAACCAGAAAGAUGUGGAUGUAAUAAAGCAGAUGAGAGAUAAAUUGCUUCAGCAUAACAAAGAUAAUGAUAUGUUGAAAGAUUGGUCGGGAGACCCAUGUCUUCCUCUCUCUUGGAAAGGUCUGACAUGCCAACCGAUGAGUGGGUCCCAAGUGAUCACCAUACUGGACAUCUCCUCAAGUCAAUUUCAUGGACCACUUCCUGAUAUUGCUGGGCUGACCAACCUAAGACAAUUGAAUGUUAGCUACAACCAGUUCACUGGCAGCAUACCACCAUUCCAAUCAUCUUCCAUGCUAACAUCAGUGGAUCUGAGCCACAAUGAUUUGAAUGGAAGUCUUCCAAACUGGUUGACCUUACUUCCAAAUUUGACAACACUAAUUUUUGGCUGCAAUCCUCAGUUCAGCAACGAGCUUCCUUCCAGUUUCAACAGCUCAAGAAUUGCUACAGACUAUGGAGAAUGUAAACAGAGAACAACUCGUAAAAUACAAGGAAUUGUCAUAGGCACCAUAACUGGUGGAUCCUUCGUAUUAGCUAUCGGGCUUGGUUUGGUUUGCAUCUACAGACACAAAUUUGUGGCACUAGGGAAAUUUAAUGGUAAACGACAGCCAAUGACAAAGAAUGCCAUUUUCUCCAUGCCUAGCUCAGAUGAUGUUGCUUUAAAGUCGAUAAAUAUUCAAAUGUUUACUCUAGAAUACAUAGAGAAUGCCACCCAGAAGUAUAAAACCUUGAUAGGUGAAGGAGGCUUUGGAUCUGUAUACCGUGGCACACUCCUUGAUGGACAAGAAGUAGCCGUGAAGGUCCGGUCGACCACCUCGAGUCAAGGAACUCGGGAAUUUGAGAAUGAGCUAAACCUGCUUUCUGCCAUCCGUCAUGAGAAUUUGGUCCCCCUUCUAGGUUUUUGCUGUGAAAAUGACCAACAAAUCCUUGUUUAUCCAUUUAUGUCCAAUGGCUCUCUUCAAGAUCGCCUAUAUGGGGAAGCAGCAAAAAGAAAAACUCUAGAUUGGCCAACCAGACUUUCUAUUGCUCUUGGUGCUGCUCGAGGUUUGACACAUCUUCAUACAUUUGCUGGCCGCUCUGUGAUACAUAGGGAUGUGAAGUCAAGCAACAUACUUUUAGAUCAAAGCAUGAAUGCCAAAGUUGCAGACUUCGGCUUUUCAAAAUAUGCUCCUCAGGAAGGGGAUAGUGGUGCUUCUCUGGAAGUAAGAGGCACUGCUGGAUACUUGGAUCCAGAGUAUUAUUCAACGCAGCACCUAUCAGCAAAAAGCGAUGUCUUUAGCUUUGGGGUGGUUCUACUCGAAAUAGUCAGUGGUCGGGAGCCUCUCAACAUUAAGAGGCCACGAAACGAGUGGAGCUUAGUUGAAUGGGCAAAACCCUAUAUCAGGGAGUCAAAGAUUGAUGAAAUUGUGGAUCCUAGCAUAAAAGGAGCUUAUCAUGCAGAGGCGAUGUGGAGAGUAGUAGAAGCUGCACUGGCGUGCAUUGAGCCUUUCUCUGCAUAUAGACCAUGCAUGGCCGACAUUGUCAGGGAGUUGGAGGAUGCUUUGAUAAUAGAAAACAAUGCAUCUGAAUAUAUGAGGUCCAUAGACAGCAUAGGAGGGUACAGCUUUGGAGGGUCAAAUCGCUUUUCAAUAGUCACAGAUAAGAAGAAUGUUUUACCACCACCCACACCAACACCAACAACACCAUCACCCAUUAACACACAAACCUUGGCUCCUCCAGAGCCAAGAUAGUAGACAGGUUAUGUGAUGUUAAUGAGCUAUUAUCAGUUUUGUUUCAUCACGUGACAAAAUUAUAAGAGAAAAUUGACGAUAAGUCCCAAAUGCUGUAUUUUAUAUAUAAGUGCCCAUUUUUUGUCCUGACUA